AGUCGAGUGAGCAUCUCCGACACGGCAACAACUGCUGUGCCCUAUCUGUCACCAUCUGCCUUCUUCACCGUAUUGCCUCGCAUCCAUGGUUAAUAAGGUGUCGUAUGCUGUUGGAUGUUGUAUCGUUGAUGGCUGGGUCGACCACUGGUGUACCGAUGUCUCCUGGGUAUGGCGGAUACCAAACCGCAACGCCGCCGCCUUACUACCCAAAAGCAACUUACGCAACGACCAGUUAAACUGCACCGAGGUCUCCAAGUACUACACCCCUAAGGCACCGGAGUUUUGUACCACAACUUACGCUGCCCCGAGCCACUACACUGACGUCCUGAAGUAUUACUCUGCCCCGAGUUACUACACCAUCAAGGUGACGGAGCAUGACUACGCAUGCUGCCCCAUCCUACUACACAGAGGCUUUCAAGUAUUACUCUAUUCUCAGCUACUUAUUGCACCGAUUUUCCUAAAUACUAUUCUGUUCCCAGCUGCUACACCGAGGCUCCCGCUGAUUACUCCACCAAAACGGUCGAAUACUACACCGAAGCGGCAAAGUACUUCUCUGCCCUGAUCUACACAACCACAACUGAGGCGGACAAGUAUUACGCAGUCCCGAGUUGCUACCCAAAAGCUGCCCUUUCGUGCUACGUUGAACAGAAAUACUACACUGAUGGUCCAGUCUACUACACCACGACCUACGCUACACCUAGCUACAACACGGCAGCCCCCAAGUACUACACCGAAGAAGCCGCCUAUUACACAACUACGUACGCUGCCUAGUUUACUACAUCGAGGAAUUUAAGUAUUACCCUGCUCCAAACUACUACCAAACUGAGGUUCAUAUUUAUUGCAAUUCUCCCGAUUAUGUCACCACUACUCACGCUGCUCUGACCUUUACACCGAAAUUCUAAAGUAUUUCUCUGGAUUUGUUGAAAGAUUGCUGGAAUACAAAAUUGAUUGAUAAAUCACAA